AAAAAAAACUCCCUUUAACUGUGAACUUGAUGGUGAGGAAGAAUGAGGAUAAACAUAUGAGCUGAGGGAGGAAGGAAACAUCUUAACAUACAGUGACAGCACCCCACAUUCAGCAGGUCAGUCUGGGGUUUGAGAGACAUCACAUAGUUUCCCCAUUACACUCUUAUGUUAUGAAAUGUAGCAACUAACAUCUUACCAAAAUGACCAGGUCAGUGAGUUUGUAACGUGGGCUACUGGCCAUUCACAAAAUUCUGACCAAAUCAAAGGAAAGAAAAGUGCGCACCUGGCAGAAGGAGGCCAAAGUCAAGGCAGUUUCAGUAAGCGUGAGGUGCACCUUCCUCUUCCAUGCGUGUUUUCGAACACAAGGAAGCGCCAGAAGCUCGGCGAUCGUGGGCCGCUUGGAUGGGUCUGGGCACAGCAUCAUCUUCAGGAUAGAUUGAAGCUCAGUGGAUAGUUCUAGAAACGUGGAAAAAUAAUCAUAGGUGGGAUUGCAACAAGGACAUGCAAAGAGUUUUAAUGUCAAAGUCGAACUCACCGCCUGUAACCUCAGCAGGGAGGCAGCCUUGUCUGAGCAGCUGCCAGCCCUCGCCACCAUUGGGAACCUCAAUGUUACAAGCAAGCUCCAAAAUAGAAACUCCCAAACUAAAGGAAAUCGAUAAACAUUGUUAGUUAUUCAAUAAUCAAGUUACACAAAAUGAAGGCUGGGUAUAUUUUCUGACCUGAAAACAUCAGCAGCAGGUCCAAACUCUCCACGCAGAAGCUCAGGAGCCAUGUAUCUGCCAUCACCUUCCUGGGCAUCCUCCUUCACCUUGUUCUGCAGGGGAUCUGGACUCUUGUGAUCAAACUCCAACAGCAGCCCAAAAUCGCCCAGCUUGAGACGUCCAGAUUCAGUGACCAAUACAUUUGCAGGCUUGAGGUCCAGGUGCACGAAACCAUUGGAGUGCAGGUGAUCCAGUGCUGAGAGGAGGUCGCACAAAUAGGACCAUGCUGCAGGCUCAUCUGCACCAAACAAACCCAACAAACAAUGACGUGUUCUUGAUGAUCCGGCGUCACAAGACCACAAUUUUCACAGACGCCAAGGAGUCCACCACUGUGUAUGAGCUCAAACGUAUUGUGGAGGGUAUUUUGAAAAGGACACCGGAGGACCAACGGCUCUAUAAAGAUGAUCAGUUGCUAGAAGAUGGAAAAACACUUGGUGACUGUGGAUUUACCAACCAGACUGCCAGACCGCAGGCACCAGCCACAGUUGGUCUGGCAUUUCGAGUCAAUGAUGAGAGAUUUGAGCCGUUGCACAUCGAAGCCUUCUCCAGCCCCCCUGAACUCCCAGAUGUGAUGAAGCCUCAGGACUCUGGUAGCACUGCAAAUGAGCAGGCAGUGCAGUGAGGGGAGCAUGGAAAGGGGAGUGUGUGGAGUAACUGCAGUCAAAAAUUGGCUCAGACAAGGAUAUAAUGUAAAUUCGUUUAGUGGAUGGGGACAUUUUGGGUAACCAAGCGUAUCCACGGUACCUUUAUGCUAUUAUCCCAGCACUGCCCUGACCCUUCACAUCCAAACCUGUUUGAGUUAAUUCACAAGUCAUUUAAUGAUAACUUUGACAUGCAGUACUGCUCCCCAAAUGACUCAAUGUCCAGAGUGAAGAAAUAUGUUUGGACGGUAUGAUUGUGUGUUUGUGUUGUCUUAUUAUCAUUAAUAUUUUUGAAAAGGUGAAGGUGUAGUGGUGUGUCACAGUUGUGUCAUUAAAAAGCAACAUGCACAGGUAAAGAGGUGGUUGUCUGAAUGGAGAAACAGCAUGGGGAAAAAAAAACUCCCUUUACUUUCACACAUGCUGCAGAUAUGUCUGAAAGGAACGUGGUUAUUUGGUCAGAUGAAGUACUUUUGUUUCUUUAGUACGCUAGCUCUUCCGCAUGUCGUACCAUGAGACCAAAGGCAGACACCAGAGAACUUGUGUGGACAUCAGUUUGUCUUUGUAUAUGAUGAUAGUUAGCAGUGUUUGACUUCAGAUGACAUUUUCACCACAUCCUCAUGUGGCGUCUUCUGACUCACAGACAUAAACUGUAACUGUGAGCUUGCUUAAUUAAACUUUUUUUCUUUCCUGUUUGCUUUCUA